AUUCAAAAAACGUUUGAAAAGUCAGUCAUUCAUUGCAUUUGCUGUGAAAAACAAACACAACUUCUUUGUGGACACAAACUCUUGGAGCGGUUCCCUCUGCGGUGAUGUCUAACUGGACGCAAAUACAGCAACAACUGAGACACCCGUCCAAUCCCGUGGUGUUUUUCGACAUCACGAUCGGCACCACAGAAGUCGGUCGCAUGAAAAUGGAGUUGUUUUCUGAUGUCGUGCCCAAAACGGCCGAAAACUUCCGACAGUUCUGCACCGGCGAGUACAAGCGCGACGGCGUUCCCAUUGGCUAUAAAGGCGUGUCUUUCCAUCGUGUGAUCAAAGACUUUAUGAUACAAUCGGGAGAUUUCGUGAACAAUGACGGGACGGGUAUUAUGUCGAUCUUCGGCGGCGGGAAGUUUCCCGACGAGAACUUUGGGCUUAAACACGACUCCCCGGGACUCCUGUCUAUGGCAAACAGUGGUAAAGACACGAAUGGCUGUCAAUUCUUCAUAACGUGUGCGAAAUGCGAUUUUCUCGACGGAAAACACGUGGUCUUUGGCCGUAUUAUAGACGGGAUGUUAGUUAUGAGGAAAGUGGAGAAC